AUGGAUUCUGUAUUUCUUUACAGUAACGUGUCUUUUGGAAUAAUUCGAUCGACCUUUGAUUUGCUAUACCAGAAUAGUUUGGUUAUUCUAGCAGCUGUGAUAACAGGAAUGCUAAUGUUUGUACUAUACAGGUCAUACAUUAGUCCUGACUUUUAUACUAAGGAGCUAACAGAAAUCGGCUUCGACCACGUCCCUCCAGGACCUGAUCGACCGCUCAGGAUAGCUCGCACUAUGACAUCCAGGAGACUCGGCUCCAAGAUACCUCCACCUUAUCCCAACGGCUGGUUUGCAGUGGCAGAGAGCUGUGACGUCAAAGUGGGUGGGGUGCUGGCGGUAGACGCUCUUGGUCAAAAUCUCUGCGUGUAUCGCGGCGCAGACGGUGUGGUCCGCUGUGUAGAUGCGUACUGCCCCCAUUUAGGGGCCAAUCUGGCGGCAGGUGGGAAUGUCUGCGGCAACUGUAUCGAGUGUCCUUUCCACAAGUGGCGGUUUGGGGCCGACGGGGCGUUGGUCAGUGUGCCAGGAGUGGAAUCAGUCCCAAAAGGCGUAUCGAUAAAAUCAUGGGAGACAGUAGAGGCUGACGGCGCUGUAUGGAUCUGGUACGACGCAGAAAAUAGGCCUCCACUGUGGUCGUUGCAGGACGCAUGCACGAUGCAGAUGCGAUGCAGAGGACGCAACAUCUUCACCGUCAAUUGCCAUAUACAGGAGAUCCCUGAGAACGGCGCAGACGUCGCUCAUCUAAACGCGGUACACUCCGAAUCGCUGUUGUCCAAAUUAGGAGAAAAAUAUCCACUGUUGCUGAACUUUAUCGGUAGCCACUACUGGACCGCGGAGUGGUCUCGCGGCGACCAUCACACUUCCACCAUCAAGCUGACGCAUGACUACAAGCUGAUGAAGAUGAACCUAUUUCAUGUCGACGUUGAUGUUACACAGAUCGGCCCAGGCCACGUCCGCUUGAAGCUGCAGACGUCGUUCGGUCCAGUUUUGAUAUCCCAAUCCGUCACUCCCAUUGGACCACUACAACAGAAGGUGGUUCAUCGUGUCUUCUCCCCUAAUUACAACGCUCCGCUUGGCUACAUCUUGAAUAGAGCUGAGUCUUACCAGUUCGAGAGAGACGUAGCGAUUUGGAAUAACAAGCGGUACGUCGGAGCACCAGCGUACGUCAAAACUGACAAGACCAUACGAGCCUUCAGGUCGUGGUUCUCGCAGUUCUACAGUGAGAAUAGUAUCAGCUUCAAGGAUGCCAAUAACAGCAUGUUGGAAUGGUGA